AUGAUGUCAGAGGUACCUGAAAAAGUUAUGGAUAAGGCUCGUUUUAUUUCUGAAUUCGAUGCGAAACCAUGGGAUCCAGCGAAAAGAGAGAAACGUUCCAUUUAUGAGAAAGAAAUCACUGACGUACAAGACAUUACUAGCGACUUAUCGGAAGGAUUCGAUUUGGAGAGAGAUGAUGGAUUACUGGCAACUAUCUUAGUCGUGUUUCAAUUGCGAAUUACGGGAUAUCGACACUUAUCGAUUCCAUUCGAAACUGCUCCACGUUGGGCUCGGUGUAAAGGAAGUAGAUUUGUGGGAACUAUAGAUGGAGUCAAACACUAUUUCAGAUGCAUUGAGGGCAUGACUGGCACUGUUUUGUUUAGUAAUAUCCCGAAGAGUUAUUUCAAAAUAACCAAUUACAUUUUGGAUUUAGUGCGAGCAAGUUUGUGUUUUCUGGAGUUAGAUUUGAAUGUGAUCGAUGAUAUGAAAGGAUUCAUAACUGAACCAUGCAUGAAAUCAGUUUCCGUAAUAGAAAUUCUUUCUGAAACUGUUACUGCUGAGAAGCUGUCCAUCUUAUUCAAUAACAUAGAGAAUGCGGUUAAAACCGUUCAUAUUCACUCGAAAGUUGAAGGACAAGUGUCUACAACUCCGGUGUUUCAACUACAAAUUUUGACGGGAGGUCGACACUUGUCGAUUCCAUUCGAAACUGCUCCACGUCCGGCUCGAUGUAUGGGAAGAAGAUUCCCAGGGGCUAUAGAUGGAGUCAAACACUAUUUCAGAUGCAUUGAGUUCCUAGAAGGAAGUAUUCUAUACAGUGAUAUCCCACACAGUGGGUUCAAAAUAACCAAUUACAUGUUGGAUUUAGUGCGAGCAAGUUUGUCUUUUCUGGAGUUGGAUUUGAAUGUGAUCAAUGAUUUGAAAGGAUUCAUAACCGAACCAUGCAUGAAAUCAGUUUCCGGAAUUGAAAUUGUUUCUGAAACUGUUACUUCUGAAAAACUGUCCGUCUUCUUCAAUAAUAUAGAGAAUCCGGUUAAAAACAUUCAUAUUCACUCUAAAGUUGAAGGACGAGUGUCUACAAGUUUGAAUAUCUUUCAAUCAGAUUACUUAGUUUUUUACGAGAGUAGUUGGAUUACAAGAGAACAUUUACUUGGAUUCAAUGGAAAAAUUUUGUGCAUCAUUAAUCCUACUUUUAAUAUUGAACUUAUUAUUGAAUUCAUAAGACAAUGGAAAAACGGAAAUAAUACGCAAUUCGUAGCACUCAAAAUGUCAGAAGUACCUCAAGAAGUGAUGAAUAUAGACCGAUUUAUUUUCGAAUUCGAUGCGAAACCAUGGGAUCCGACAAAAAGAGAAAAAUGCUAUAUUUAUGAGAAAGAAAUCACUGAUAAACAAAACAUUGUUGCCGACUUGUCGGAUGGAUUUGAUUUCGAGAGAGAUGAUGGAUUACUGGCAACUAUUAGAAUCAGACCAUCUGGCCGAUUUCAAUUUUUUGUUUGGCACAAACGAUUCACUGCUACAAAAUAG